AGGGCAACUUCUUCUGCCUUCUCUUGUCUCCUCCCCUUCCUGAGUGUGGAUGGUGAGCAGAGAUACAAAGAAUCAGUUCCUAGUGUUCAGGGCAGACAAAAUCAGGCAACGGGGGUUCCUUGAGAAAAGCAUCAACUGGAAGAAACAUGGAAUCCGUUUCCACGCAGUGUUUCCCCAGUGAGUUCAUCUGCUCCAUCUGCAAGGACGAUUUCACAGACCCUGUCACCAUUAGCUGUGGGCACAGAUUUUGUACUCCUUGCCUCUGUCUCUUGUGGGAAGAUGCUAAAGCAGCUACUUGCUGUCCUGUGUGCAAGGAAAUAUCUCCAAAAAUGGACUUCAAAAGCACUCUUUUUGCUAAGGGAUGUAUUCUUCCUACCAGAAAAUCAGUUGUCUGCCAGCUACCUAGCUCUGCCAAGCAGAUGUGUAGGAUACACCAAGUGAUAAAGCUCUACUUCUGUCAAACUGACAAAAUCCUGCUGUGUUUGUUCUGCUGUCAUUCCCCAGGGCAUGCCACUCAUGAAUACUAUCCAAUAAAGCCGGUUGCAAGACACUACAGGGAGAACCUUCUGAUGCAAAUGAAGUCUAUUUGGAAAAAUAAACAGGGAAAUCAGAGAAAUAUAAAAAAAGUGACCAACAUAAUCAGAGUAUGGGAGGGUUUUGUAAAUCUACGGAAGGUGAUGAUAGGAGCUGAAUACCCUAAGGUGUAUCAAUAUCUCCAGGAAGAAAAGCAAAAACAUUUAGAGAUGUUGGCAAUUGAAGGCAAGAUUAUUUUUCAGCGACUCAGGAGAAAUGCAGCCAGAAUGGUUCAUAUGGGGAAACUCCUGAGAAGAAUAUAUAAAGAGCUGAAGGAAAUGUGCCUUAAAGGAGAUGUGGACAUGCUGCAGGGUAUGGGAGACACAAUGAAAAGGAGUCAGUUAAUGCAGAUGUAUAUUCCCCAGCCUAUGAACCCACAGCUCAGUACAUGGUCCAUCACUGGGAUGUUGGAGAGGCUUAACAACUUCCGAGUGUAUAUUACAUCGGAUCGUAAAAUAAGAAAUUGUCACGUGGCUCUGAUCGAAGACCUGAGAUGUUUGCAAUGCAGUCCUGGCCAUCAAGACAUGCCCUGCAAUCCAGCAAGUCCAGAGAACCCUCCUUCAUGGGGUGCUCAGACCUUCACCGCUGGCAAACAUUACUGGGAGGUGAAUGUGGGAAACUCUUGUAACUGGAUUGUAGGACUUUGCAAGGAAUCCUGGACAAGUAGGAAUGAUAUGCUACUUAACUCUGAGGAUAUUUUUCUACUUCUGUGUGUCAGCGUGGAUGACAAUUUCAGUCUCUUUUCUACCUUCCCACUCUUACCCCACUAUAUUCAAAGACCCCAGGGCUGGAUAGGGGUGUUUCUAGAUUAUGAAUGUGGUAUAAUAAGCUUUAUUAAUGUUGCUAGAAGUUCCCUCAUUUGUAAUUUCCUCUCACGCUCUUUCUCUUUCCCUCUCAGACCUUUCAUUUGGGGUGGACCCAAAUGAUCAGGAACAGGUUACAACCCUGACCAAGGUCUUGGGAAUUCCAAUCACUGAGUGGGCUCCUAUCCCAGUGACUUCUGGAAUGGGGAAAAUCAAUUAUACCUCACUGUGUUUAACUUUGUUUUACCUUCAGGAGAUAUAAUGGCUGCAUUAUUUUUUAAAGUGGUGUUAAUGUUAACAAUGUAUGUUUGUCUUUUCUAUUUUAUUUAAAUAAAAAUAAUCUCAUU